UGAGCGGGACAGGCGGAGUGAGCAGCGCACUGGAGUAGGCAGCCCAGUGUGCAGCAACUGGGCUAUGCGCUUUCCCGCGUCCCAGUGACUCCAGCUGGGAGGCUUCCGCGCCCGGGAGCCGCUUGUUUGCAGGGGGCGGGCAAUCGGCGGAAGAUCCUGCGGCAGCUGCAAAGCCGGAGCCUGCCCGUUUGGUCUCCGGUUGCUGGAGGAGGAGGACGCGCGGGGGGCGCUCGCUGCCCCUGGGCUGGGACAUGUCGUCCGCGGCGGUGGCGGCUGCUUCCCGCAGGCAGUCGUGCUACCUGUGCGACCUGCCCCGCAUGCCCUGGGCCAUGAUCUGGGACUUCACCGAGCCCGUCUGCCGGGGCUGCGUCAACUACGAGGGGGCCGACCGGGUGGAGUUCGUCAUCGACACGGCGCGGCAGCUCAAGCGGGCUCACAGCUUCCAGGAGGGCCGGGCUCCGCCGCCGCCCCACGCCAAGCAGCCGCCGCUCAGCGCUAAGGAGAUCCUGGUGCAGCAGCAACAGCAGCAGCUGAACCACACGGCCGUGGCGGGCGACGCGGUGUCACGGCCCCCGCCGCAGCCCCUGGAGCGCUACCCGCUGGCGGCCGCCGCUUCCUCCGAGCGGCAGCCGCCCCGCCUGGGAGCCGAGUACGGGGGCAGCCGGCAGGUGAACGGGAUCCUGGUGCCCAACGGGUUCCCCAAGCCCGAGGAGCCGCCCGAGCUGAACCGGCAAAGCCCGAACCCCCGGCGGACACACACGGUGCCGCCCACCCUGGUGCCGCUGAUGAACGGAGCCUCCCUGCCCGCGCCCAUCAGCAUCAACAGCCGGGCCGCCGCCGCCUCGCUGGCUGCCAUCUCCGGGGCGGCCGCCUCCAUGCAGGUCUCGGUCUCCCAGCAGCAGCAGCCGCCACCCGGGGAGCUGGGGCACAAGCGGCCCGGCUCGGUGUCCUCCAGCAGCAGCAGCAGCGCCGGCGCGGGCGAGCACGAGAGCAAGGAGAAGCAGCCACGGGGCUCGGCGGAGGAGCUGGGGGUCGAGGGCAAGGGCCGCGGGGGAGCGGAACAGGAGUGGCUGGGCAAGCCCAAGACGGUGCGGGACACGCUGCUGGCGCUGCACCAGCACGGGGGCCACGCGGUGCCCUUCGAGAGCAAGUUCAAGAAGGAGCCCGGCAUGGCGGGGAGCAGGCUGCUGGGGUACGAGAGCAACGGGGCCGUGGCCAAAGCAGGGGCUCGGGCAGCGAGGAAGAGGAAGCCUUCCCCAGAACCAGAAGGUGAAGCUGGACCCCCUAAGAUCAAUGGAGAGUCACAACCCUGGUUGCCAACCUCAUCAGAGGGGAUGAAAAUGUCCAUGACUGCUACAUCGUUCAUGUCCCCACCACCACCAACUGCCUCGCCUCAUUCCAACCGGACCACACCGCCUGAAGCAGCCCAGAAUGGCCAGUCUCCUAUGGCUGCGCUCAUUUUAGUAGCAGACAAUGCAGGGGGCAACCACUCCUCCAAAGAUGCCAACCAAGUUCACUCCACCACCAGGAGGAAUAGCAACAGCCCGCCCUCUCCGUCCUCUAUGAACCAAAGAAGGCUGGGCCCAAGCAGGGAGGUGCCAAGUCAGGGGACAAACACUGCUGGGGGAUUGGAGCCGGUGCAUCCUGCCAGCCUCCCGGACUCGUCUCUAGCAGCCAGUGUUCCCUUGUGCUGCACCCUGUGCCACGAGCGCCUGGAAGACACCCAUUUUGUUCAGUGCCCCUCAGUCCCUUCCCACAAGUUCUGCUUCCCUUGCUCCAGACAAAGCAUCAAACAGCAAGGAGCUAGUGGCGAGGUGUAUUGUCCCAGUGGGGAGAAAUGCCCUCUGGUGGGCUCCAAUGUCCCUUGGGCUUUCAUGCAGGGGGAGAUUGCAACCAUUCUUGCAGGAGAUGUGAAAGUGAAAAAAGAGAGAGACUCGUGACUUUUUCCAGUUCACAACCCAACAUCACCUGUAACUGAAACUGCUUGACUUGUGUAUAUAUCUAUAAAUAUAUAUAUAUAUAUAUAUAUCUCCAAGACAAGGGAAAUGUAGACUUCAUAAAACAUGGCUGUAUAAUUUUGAUUUUUUUGAAUACAUUGUGUUUCUAUAUUUUUUUUGAAGACAAAAGGUAUGUACUUAAAGGCAUUUCCUCUUUUUGUUAUAGCAACUAUUUGUUGUGCUUCCUUGGUGACAGUUACUGUUCAAUGUAGGCUGUGACUUGCGCUGCUUUUUUUAGAGAGCACUUGGCAAACCAGAAAUGCUUCUAGCUGUAUUUGUAUGCACUUGUUUCUUUUUAAAAUGCCAAAUACAUUUUCUGACAUUGUAAAGAUCGCCUUACUGUCUGUGAUUCCUUAUUCUUGGGCCUUGCUCAGAGUCAAGCUGGAUGCGUGCAGAUUUGAUAUGAAAUGGUAGUGGGGGAAAAGAGAUUGAUAGGGUGAAAUGGGAUGUCACCAUUACAGCCGAAAGGCAGGUGAAUAUUAGAAAGCACAAGUGGUUUCUUUCUGAAACAUUGUUCUCUUGUUGCAAUGGCAAAUUUUUUAGACUGAGUCCAAUUCCACUGUUUCUAGAAGGAAGUUGCCUUCAUAGUAGGAUGUUGAGAGAUGUCUGAGAGGCGCUGCUGAGUUAGGGAUUUCUGGGUUGUUUGCUUUUUUUUUCUAAAAGGAAAAGUUGACCACAGUUCAAGUGAUUGGUUGUAAGAUUACAGAACUGCAUUUAUUCAUUGAUUACAUAAUGUUAAUGCAGAAUUUUGGUAAUAAACUUAAUUACUAUAUUGGUGUAUACACCGGUAUAGCACUGCCAUCUUUAAAGAUCCAUAGCUCUUUUAGUGCCACUCACAUAAUAUUUAUGCUUGGGGAAAACUAAAGUUUUUUUUUUUUUUUAAUUUGCACAUAGUGCAGGUGAACUUUGAGUUUGCUUAUCAGUUACUUAUAGUACUGUUGGUAUUAUUAACUAUCUCUUACAUCAUAUUUCCAGGUAGUGGCAGGUACAAGAUGGUACAAUGACAGAAGCAACUGAGAUGCUGCCAGGAUUGCCUUCGGGCAUAUCAGUGACAACCCAAAUGUGGGUGGAAGAAACUUGUAAUCUCUAUUAUGUGGGGUUUUUUUUUGUUUUUUUUUUUAAACAAACCUAAUACUACUUUUUUGAAAAUGAAAAAAUAAACUGGUGGAAUGAAAGCAAUUAGGGUUUCACAAAAGGGGCAUGCCCCGCCUUUUUAACUACUUUGGAGUACUCUUUGUAAAGUCAUUUCUUUUGAUCCAGCCUCUGCAUCAAUCAGCAAGCAGACUUUUUAAAAUAAAUCAUUAUUAGAAAUG